UCACGCGCCAUGCUCCCUCUUCAGCGUCUCACAAAACGUAUAUCCGCAGUUCCCCAUGAAAUAACCAGACAUUUCGACCAUGAGGGAGAGUGGCUGUGGAACGAUGCACUGCAACGAAGGUGCCGACAUGUGAAAUUUAACGUCGACGCCCUUUGCAACAUAUCGACGUCUGUCGUCGGGGCGCAAAAAUGUGUCAGAUUCGAAAGCUUUGCUCAAGGAGCCUAUAAUAAACUCUUUCUUCUCGGGUUUGACAAUGGUGCUGAAGCUAUUGCACGGAUAUCCUCCCCACUAGUAGGUAACUUGCACAUGUCCACAGCCAGCGAAGUCGCCACCAUGGAGUAUGUCCGGGAAGUCUUUGGAGAACCUACACCACGCGUCUUAGCCUGGAGCAGGACCCCUAAACUAAGAGCUGCUGUAGAAUCGGAUUUUAUUCUCAUGGAACGCGUACAUGGAGUUUCACUCGAGGAUCGCUGGCUGAAUACUUUCGACGCGGAUAUGGGGGCUCUGCUGAAAGAUCUGAUCUCUUUUGAUAUACACCUCCAUGGACGGUUCUUUUCGCAGAUCGGGAGCCUGUUCUUCAAAGAGGAUGUUAGCCCAGAAUUACGCGACAGACCCCUGUACCUAAAGGAAGAACAUAAUACCGAGCCUGCUGCACAAAAGUAUCGUAUUGGACCGGUGGUCGACAAGCAAUAUUGGUUCAACGAAUAUGUAGAGGGUGACCGUGGUCCUUGGCUUGAUAUGACCUCUUUCAUACAAACCACCUGCCGAUUAGCGCACUGCAAGGCUGAAUCUCAAGCCGCCAGUGCCAGUUCCUCUCAUCCACGUCCUAGUUCCCUUCUAAGCCGUUCCAAACCUCACGACCUCCCAGAACUACGUCGGCUUCUCCAGCAAUGCAUAUCGCUAGCUCCCUACCUGAAUCCCUCAGAGCCAGCACUUACAGCACCGCGCCUCACCCAUCCUGAUCUCUCACGAUCAAACAUACUCGUCGCUCCUACCGGAGCAGCCAAUGUCCAGUCAUACAUCGACUGGCAAGGCGCUAUGACUCUCCCAUACAUCCAAGGCGCGAUCAUAUCCCCCGCAGUACUCUACGGAGGUAAUUUGAUUCCUCUCCCCGAUGAUCCAUUCAGCAUGCCUGCGAUGCCCCCGGAUACGGAUAUCUCUCCUGAGCUCCAAGAGCAGGCAAACCUCGAAUUGAGGCUCGCAAAGCGACACCAGCUAACCUCAAGUGUCCUGUUACGCCGCGCCCCGCUGUGCCUCGCAACAGCCUGUGUGCCACACGCUCAGCUACUCGCCUCACUCCCUGAGACUGCCCUCCGGUGCUAUGCCGACGGUCCUCAGAAUCUGCGUCAUCUCGUUCGUCAGUUAUGCGAUGCUUGGCCUUUUGAUAUGGAUGAAGCUGCCGAAUGUCCUAUCCAACUGUCUUCAGAAGAUAUCACACGCGAUGAAGAGGACUAUCCGGCUUUCGUGCGCUACCAGCAGCGCAAGGACGAGUACCGAGGGCAUAUCCAGUGCGAUCCUGACGGACGGAUGCCGGAGGAGCACGUAGAUGCGAUGCGGCGUAAUUGGGUUGUUGCGCGCCAGAAGUGGAAUGAGGAGGAAGUGUCUCCAUUUCCGUUCCAGGACGGAAUGUGGUCUUUCCAUCUCACCUGAUAUAAUGACACACAGUGUACUAGUUAGAUAUUCGAUAAUGAGGGCAACCACUAUCUCGUCAUACAGCCUUUUCCCCCCUAAACAUGUCCACAAUCUGUUUUAAAUGCCUUUGGGGGGGG